GAUAGCAGCAACUACAACCAACAGUCUGAGAAGAGAGUAAGAAGAGAAAUAUAAGAGAAGAUAAGAGAGGAACAAGAAGAGAAGAUUAAGGAGAAGAGAAUAAGAAACAACAGGAGAAGAGCAAACAUGUCAACAACAACAACAACCACCACCACCACCACCUACGCCAUCACCAAACUCGCCGCCCCCGAACCAGAGCACUGCCCCGGCACCGACUCCGACCUCGCAGGCAAAGCCGACGCCUGCGCAGGCUGUCCGAACCAAAUCAUCUGCGCCUCCGCGCCCAAAGGCCCCGACCCGGACCUUCCCGCCAUCGCGGCCCGCAUGCAAGGCGUCAAGCACAAGAUCCUCGUGCUGUCCGGUAAGGGUGGCGUGGGCAAGAGUACGUUCACGUCGAUGCUGGGAUGGGCGUUUGCUAUGGAUGCUGAGCGGGAGGUCGGGGUUAUGGAUCUUGAUAUCUGUGGGCCGUCGAUGCCGACUAUGAUGGGUGCGCGUGGCGAACAGAUUCACAUGUCGAACUCGGGCUGGAGUCCGGUUUACGUGGCUGACAAUCUGGGAAUGAUGAGUAUCGGCUUCAUGCUUCCGAACGAAGACGACGCGAUCAUCUGGCGGGGCGCGAAGAAGUCGGGACUGAUCAAGCAGUUCCUCAAAGACGUCGACUGGGGCACUCUCGACUUUCUCGUCGUCGACACGCCGCCUGGAACAUCAGACGAGCAUCUCUCUGUAAACCAAUACCUCAAGCAAUCCGGCAUCGACGGCGCCGUCAUCGUCACCACGCCUCAAGAAGUAGCCUUACUCGACGUGCGGAAAGAAAUCGAUUUCUGCAAAAAGGCGGGGAUUCCUAUCCUCGGCAUCGUCGAAAACAUGUCGGGCUUCGUCUGUCCUUCUUGUAAAGGCGAAUCGUUCAUCUUUGCGCCUACCACCGGAGGCGGCAAGGCUCUGGCUGAAGAACUCGAGAUCCCGUUUCUGGGAUCGGUGCCGUUGGAUCCGAGGAUCGGGCAGUCUUGUGAUUAUGGCGUGAGCUUCUUGGAUGAGUAUCCUGACUCGCCUACCUCAAAGUCAAUCAUGAGUAUCAUCAAGCAGAUAAGAGAGGCUGUAAAUGAGCCUAUGGAGGAAGACGAGGAGGAGUAAUGUUGCAUUUGUAUUAUAUCAUACGGGGUUUUUUGUGUUCAUUCGGGUCUAUAGUUCUAGUUCUUUGUAUAAAUAACGACUAAUAUUACUAUAUUACAACC